CAGAAUUACAUUACGGUGAAGUUAAAGAGCAAUUAAGAGUAGAUUGGGCAACUUACAUUUGUUCGAAAUCUCAGUUUAUACCGGAUAAAAACAAAGAAUAUAUUUUACCGUCAACAAUCGAUAAUUUACCAGUCUUUUUAAUUAACAAAGUUAUCACUGAAAAUGAAAACUAUCCAAAUUCAAUUCAUAAAUCCAUAACUUUUGAAAGUAAUCCUUUGGAAUAUAUCUAUUCGGCAAGGUACGUUCUUUCGUCUGUUGAACCUUUUACGGUCUCGGGAACUUCGCAACCCAAGCCGCAUUUGAAAGUUGCACGUAUAUUGGCAUUUAAACAUUCGUUGCUAGAAUGCGUUGAGUCAAUAAAACUGCCAGGAGAAAAGGUUUUUGGAAAGACGUUGAACGAAAAUGUAUGCUUUGUUCAAACACCCUCUAGAGGAGUGUUCGUGUUGAGAAUGACUGGACAGAUCAUAGGAAAUGAGCCAGAACAGUUUGAAAAUCGGUUUGUUCAAGGCAACUUGUUAACAUCUCAAUACUGCGUAUUUCAUGAUGUGAAACGUCUUGAGGAAUUUGAAUCAAUGGAAAUAGUAUGGGUUGUGUUUGGUUUGAUGUUAAAUCCAUAUUAUUUGGCUGAUGACCGAUGUGAAAGGUUAAGCGGUGUAUUCUUAGUAUUGGUGUUGAUUGAAUGUG